CCGAUAUCCCGGCGCCGGGCGGUGGCAAAGGCGGGGCCGGCGGGCCGGCGGUCUCCCGGCCCGCCUUCGGUGUCGAUGUCGCUCAGGAGUUACUUCGCUCGCUCGGCCGUACUUAUAGCACGGAUUCGACGAUGUCGAUGGGUUCAUCCGCCGCACGUUGCACCACCACACCUUGCGUAGAAAGCCCAACACGAUGUCGACCGAAAUGAAGAAGCUCAAUGUGUUGAUGUGUGGGACUGGAGAGUAUACCACUGGAUGGACCGGUUCGGGUGCUUCGAAGUCAGACAAAAAGAUCGGGGUCGUUGGACUGACUCUGUUUGACCUCCGGAGACUGGGCAAGGUCGACAAGCUAGGCAUGGUCGGGGUGAACGGAUCUAAAUUCCCAGCUAUCCGGAGUCACUUGCAGGAGAACAUCGCAAGUGUCUACAAGGACAUGGAUACUACCUUCGAUGCCUUCCCAGAAGAGAACAAGGUUGACCCAGGGGCCUAUAUAACUGCGAUCGACAAGAUGUCUCCGGGUGAUGCCGUUAUAAUUUUCACACCAGACAGCACGCACUAUCCUAUUGCCCGCUAUGCUAUUGAGCACGGUCUCCAUGUGCUGGUUACGAAGCCUGCGGUGCAAUUACUUCCUCACCACAUUGAGUUGGUGGAACUUGCCAAGAAGCACAACGUUGUCUGCUUUGUCGAGCAUCACAAGAGGUUCGACCCCGUUUACAGUGAUGCCAGGGCGCGUGCAGCCGCUCUCGGUGAAUUCAACUUCUUCAGCGCAUGGAUGAGUCAGCCGAAGAGCCAGUUGGAGACAUUCCGCGCAUGGGCAGGAAAGGACUCUGACAUCAGCUAUUACCUCUCUUCUCAUCAUAUCGAUAUCCACUGCUGGAUCAUGCAAGGGAAGGCCGUCCCGACUCGCGUCGUGGCAAGUGCGGCGACUGGCAUUGCUACCGGCGAGCCGUACAACUGCGUACCUCAGACGGAGGACACGAUCACCCUGCUGGUGGACUGGCAGUCCCUCAGCAGCUCAAAGCACAAGGGUACGGCGGUCUACACUGCGUCGUGGACAGCGCCGCUCAAGUCCGGAGUGCACUCCGCUCAGCACUGGUACUACAUGGCGGAGAAGGGUGAGAUCAACGUUGAUCAAGCGCACCGUGGCUACGACAUUGUCCAGGAUGAGAGUGGGAAGGCUUGGUACAACCCCUUCUACAUGAAAUAUUCGCCGUCCGAGAGCGGCCACUUCGACGGCCAGCGCGGUUACGGCUACGUGUCCAUCGAGAAGUUUAUUGACGCUGCCCGCAGCGUCAACGCAGAGCAGGUGCAGCCGGCCGACUUCGACGCCCAUGGCCUGCCGACGAUCUCGAACACUGUGCUGACCACUGCGAUCUUGCACGCCGGCCGUAUCAGUCUGGAUGAGAAGAGGCCCGUAAAUAUCAAGCACGCUGACGGUCAGUGGUCGCUAGAGUAGGCGUCCCACCACGGCCAUACCGGGACAACUGUCACGGCGGCGUAGCGCCUUGAUGAGCAUUGAAAUAUUGAAGGAGAAGCGAUCAGUUGUAUGUACUCAUGAAGAUGGUAGAAUGUUCACAUGCAAUGUAUUACUUAUACUUAUUGACCGUGCAUGCGCCUCGGACUGUAAGCCAUUGACACCACUCCUAGACAAGAAUCCUUACGUGCAA